AUGGAAGAAGGAAACCAGACCAGCAGCUUUGAGUUCCUCCUCUGGGGCCUCUCCGAGGAGCCCAAGCAGCAGCCCAUCCUCUUCCUGGUGUUCCUGUGCAUGUACACGGUUGCUGUGAUGGGCAAUCUGCUCAUCCUCCUGGCCAUUGGCACUGAUAAAUGUCUCCACACACCCAUGCACUUUUUUCUUGCCAGUCUAUCCUGUGCAGACAUCCUUUUCAUUUCCAUCACCGUGCCCAAGGCCCUGGUGAACAUCCAGACCCAGAACAGGUCCAUUUCCUACGCAGGAUGCCUGACCCAGCUCUACUUCUUCUUAACUUUGGGAGACAUGGAUAGCUUUCUCCUGGCCACAAUGGCCUAUGACCGCUAUGUGGCCAUCUGCCACCCUCUCCACUACAUGAUGAUCAUGAGCCCCAGGCGCUGCGUCCUCCUGAUCGCCACCUGCUGGACUCUUACUAAUUUUCUUGCCAUGCCCCACACCUUCCUCAUGCUUCGACUUACUUUCUGCCCGAAUAAAAUCAUUCCUGACUUCUUCUGUGAUCUGGUGCCCUUGAUGAAGGUGUCCUGCUCCGACACUCGGGUCAAUGAGCUAGUGCUCCUCUACCUGGGGGGAGCAGUCCUUGUAGUUCCCUUUAUCUUCAUCCUGAUCUCUUAUAUCUACAUUGUUUCAGCCAUUGUCAGAGUUCCUUCUGCCCAGGGAAGACGCAAGGCCUUCUCUACAUGUGGUUCCCACCUUGCUGUCGUUGCCCUGUUCUUUGGGACAGUGUUCAGGGCUUAUCUGUUCCCCUCAUCCUCUGCAUCCAAUUCAGUACAAGGGGACACAGCAGCUGCUGUCAUGUACACAGUGGUGACUCCCCUGUUAAACCCGUUUAUUUACAGCUUGCGGAACAAGGACAUGAAGGGAGCCCUGGGGAAGCUCCUCGGAGGCAAAGUCUCCUUCUUGAGGGGCCGGUGA